UCGAUGGAAGUGGCAGCUCGAUUUGAGCUCGAUUGGAUCUACUACGUUCGUUGGUUUCUAGUUCAAUAAUCAAUUUCGAUAUUCCUUUCACUUUUUUAUAAAACGUGUAUUAUUAGAGUAAUACUAUCCGUCUAAAUAUCGUGACUUUUUACAGUUACCUUUACAACUAACAACAGUGCGAUGGCAUUUGGUUUGCUAGUAUUCUAAUUUAUAAACAUAAAAAAUGGGUUUAGAUUUCGAUGUUUUAGAGUUUUGUAAAAAACUACGUCAAAAUAGGCCUCCUCCGUACCAAUGUCCACUAGAAAAGUGCGAUAAAGUUUAUAAAAGUUUGUGUGGCUUGCAAUAUCACCUAGUCAAUUACGAUCAUGAUAAUCCAACACCGGCGACUCCCGCUGUAACCAAUAACCGUAAAAAAGGUAGGAUUCGAGCCGCUGUCCCGACUGCUGAUAUUGCCCUUCAAAGCCCUCCGAAGGAAGCCUUGACUUUCGCUGAAGCCCAGAAAGUUGUACAAUUCGAGGUCGAUGGUAAAAUAAGCCGAAUACCCAUCGAUCAACCUUUACCGAUAAUUUCUUUAGAAGAAUGGGAAAAGAAGAAUUCGGAGUUGGAAAAGCCAUUACUUUUUGUCGAACCUCCACCUGAACCUCAUGUGAAGUUGCCAGAAGCUACUUUUCGGCUAAUACCAGAUUAUAACGAAAGAGUGUGCGAUGCACCGCCUCGUCCAAACGCUUACAUACGGUUCAUUGAGAAAUCAGCUGAAGAGUUGGACGGAGAAGUGGAGUAUGAUGUUGAUGAAGAGGACACAGCCUGGUUGGCCAUUAUCAACAAGAAUAGAGCGAAACAAAACUUGCCACCAGUAUCGGUGGAUACUUUAGAGUUGUUGAUGGAUAGACUUGAAAAGGAAUCAUAUUUUCAAGCAACCCAGAACGGUCAACAAACUGCUGCAACCGUAGAUGAAGAUGCAGUGUGCUGUAUUUGUAUGGAUGGAGAGUGUCAGAAUACAAAUGUGAUACUGUUCUGCGAUAUGUGCAAUUUAGCCGUUCAUCAAGAUUGUUAUGGGGUGCCAUAUAUUCCAGAAGGCCAGUGGCUCUGCAGGCGUUGCUUACAAUCACCUUCUCGUCUUGUAAACUGUGUUUUGUGUCCUAAUACAGGAGGAGCCUUCAAACAAACAGAUCAAGGUACAUGGGCACAUGUUGUUUGUGCUCUUUGGAUACCUGAAGUACGUUUUGCGAACACCGUCUUUUUGGAGCCUAUCGAUUCAAUAGAAAUGAUACCAGCGGCGAGAUGGAAACUUCAGUGUAUGGUAUGCAAGCAGCGAGGAGCGGGGGCCUGCAUACAGUGUCAUCGAAGCAACUGUUACUCAGCGUUCCAUGUCACUUGUGCCCAACAGGCUGGCCUGUACAUGAAAAUGGAGGCGGCUGGAUCGGGGCGUGAUCCUAGUCAACCAGUGCAAGUUGCGAAAAUGGCGUAUUGUGAUACACAUACACCGGCGCAUAUAUUACAGGAAAGACGAGCUCUAGAGUCUGAGGGUGAAAAUAAAUCCUCUGACUUGUCGGCAGUUAGACAGAAGGGUCGUGAGAAAAUUAAACAGGCGCGGCGCGUGCUGGCGCUGAAGCGCACGUGGGCGCCCGUGGUGCUGGUGCCCACGCUGCCGGCCGAGCGCGUGGCCGAGGUGGCGGCGCUGGCGCGCGGGCCGCCCGCCGCGCGCGCGCAGCUCAUGAAGCGCCUGCUGGCCUACUGGACGCUCAAGCGCCACAGCCGCAACGGCGUGCCGCUGCUGCGCCGCCUGCAGAGCCUCACCAGCCACCACGGUACCAGAGGUAUUCAAGACGGUACAGUUAACAUAAGGGAACUGUGUAAUCAAUUGAAAUAUUGGCAGAGGAUAAGACAAGAUUUGGAACGAGCGAGACUGCUGUGCGAGCUGGUGCGCAAGCGCGAGCGGCUGAAGGCGGAGCUGACGCGCGCGUGCGAGCGCUGCGUGCUGCACGCGCUGAGGCCGCAGCGGGCGGCGCUGCACAAGCUGCUGCGGCUGCUGCGCCUCGCCGACCACGGCGACGUGUUCGGCGAGCCCGUCGACCCGCUCGAGGUACCUGAUUACAGUACAAUCGUCAAACACCCGAUGGACUUGAGUACAAUGGGAAAGAAACUGGACAAAGGAGCAUACAAAACCAUUGACGAUGUUGAGGCGGACUUUCAGCUGAUGGUUGACAAUUGUCUCACCUAUAACAACAAGGAUACAGUCUUCUAUAAGGCCGGAAUAAAAAUGCGCGAACAGUGUGCGGCCAUAUUCCGACAAGCAAGACGUGACGUCAUCGAGGCGGGGAUGCCGGAGCUGGCGGGUACGGGAGAGGUGGUCGAGGCGGUUCAGGCGGCCGAGGAAGGCGAGGCAGAGCCGAGCGAGGCGGGGGAGGGGGGUGAGGUAGAAUCGGGGGAGGGGGGCGAGACUGAGGCGAGAAGAAGGCAGGCAGGUGGGCGGCGGCGCCGCGCACUGCGGCGCUCCACGGACAGCGAGCACACUGCGGACACACGAAGCGAACGGGGCGUAUCCAUAGCGCGUAGUGAGCGACGUAACCCGAGUGUACAAAGAGAUACCGAUGACGAUAAUGCGCACGCGCCGCCCCCGUCCCCGGCGCCGCGCAAGGUGAACCGCAACUGGUGGGCGGGGCGCGGGCGUGGGCGGGGCCGCCGGGGCCGCGGCCGCGGGGCCCAGCGCCCGCCCCGCCCGCCCCGCCAGCCGCGCGCCACAGACACCCCAACUACGGACUCCGAGGCACCAAUAAUAACCAGGAAGAGCGUAGAACGGACGCAGAAGCUGGCUACUCCUGAGAAAUCACCUUCGAAACAACCAGAAGCUCCAGGUCUCGGGCUUUUGGGAGGAUUAAGAAAGCCGACGUUGCUGGUUUCACCGUCCUCAUUAGCAACACCCCCUAAGAGUUUCGGGUCUGACGCGACAUUGCCCACAUUAUCAGCCAGCUUGGGCCGGGCGAAUCUGGAAACCUCGCCUAGGAAAAAAGGAAGGGGCCGGCCGAGGAAACAGGACAAAGAUAAGUCCGUCUCAACACCUGAUCUUUUUAGAGGCAUGGGAGGUGGCGAGGGCGCGGCGGUGCCCGGCGGGGCCUCGUUCCUCCAGUACCGCGGGCCGCCCGGGGAGGUCGGCUCGGACAGCGACCUCGCGCUGUCUAGGUCUUCCAGCAGCAGCUCGGUGUGGUCGCAGUCGUGCUCGUCGUGCACGCACUACGACGACGAGAACGCCUCGGACCACUCCUGCUCCUUCAGCUCCAGCGAGGGCUCCAGCUAUAACGACACGAUGGAUUCAACGCUGGACACCGGCAGUGGACCGGAGCGCCGUCGCAGAGACACGCGCUCUGCACUCGCCGAGGCUUCUGACAUCGAACCCCCGACCACUCCUGUUAAGGUUCGCGGCACAAGAUCUUCAACAUCUAAAACACCAGUGAAAGCCGCCCAACCUGACAUGCAGCUCGAACCCUUACAACUUGUAUGGGCUAAGUGCAGAGGUUACCCUUGGUAUCCAGCUUUAAUCAUCGAUCCAAAGAUGCCGAAAGGUUUCAUUUAUAAUGGUGUCCCCCUCCCAGUACCACCGCAAGAUGUCCUCAAUCUUAAGAAGAAUUAUGCUCACGAACCAAUUCUCUAUCUAGUUCUGUUCUUUGACGUUAAACGUACUUGGCAAUGGUUGCCACCGAUUAAGCUGGAACCUUUAGGCAUCGACAAAAGUGUGGAUCAAGCCAAACUGGUUGAAUCUAGGAAACCGACAGACAGAAAGGCAGUUAAGAAGGCCUACGGUGAUGCAAUGCAGUUUAGAAAGCAGGUAGAUGGAGAUAAAUGACACAGGUUUCGAUAUCGGUCCAUGCGGCCGACGAGGAACAGAGCUUUCACCUUUGGAACAUUCUCCAUGAUGCAUAUACGCACACCAGAAACCACGGAUUCCAGUGACUAGUAAUUUAAUCAAAUAUUUAUGAUCGUUAUAACAUGUGUGUUGUUAGAUGAAUUUGUAUAAUCUUUCAAUAUUGUAGAGAGUGUAUGUAAAAGCAAUUAUUGAAAAAUUAUAUUUAUAACAUAAAAGUAUAAAAUAAGAAUCGUGGUUUUUGAAAUAAAACUAAAUUUAUUGUACGUGGAAGCUUUUUACUCGAAUAUCAGUGAUAACUUUCGUUUUUAUAUAGUUUUUACUACGUACAUAAGUGUUGCUUCAUUUUGUGUUGUGUAAAAUAAAACAUUAAACAAUAA